CACCUCUCUCACUCUAGGCUAGGAGCGGCCUCUGCGGGAGGGAGCUGGGGAGUCCUCGAAGAGGGCGCCCCUCGCCUACUUCAGUGUGGGGGCUGUUCCUCCCCGAUCUCUGGGAGGGCUUUGUUCUUUUGUUCAGGCCUAGGAGGAAGGCCUAGAGCCGGGCCCCGCCCUGUUUGUCCACCUUUCAGCUUCUCUGCUCCGCAACAGGUGUGUCUUCUUGAGCCCGCGGGGGUGUGAGCCCGCAAGUGUGCACUGAGGUAACCGUUCGAGUAAAUGGGCGCCUCUAGCCGGAUUCUAGGGGCAACCAACUUCAGCGUGUAUAAGGGCUCAGACUCCUGCUGGACAUCUGGACUCCAGAAAGAGGACCCAGAUACGCUGCUUGGGAAACCCUGGUGUCCAGAUUCCAAGAGGAAGGGGAUGAGCGCCUGAGAUGGAAGAUCUGUCUGCUCCAGAGUCUGCCCUUUUCCAAGGGGGACAUACUUUACUCCCAUCAGCUAGUUUUCAGGAGUCAGUGACCUUCAAGGAUGUGAUAGUGGACUUUACCCAGGAAGAAUGGAAACAGCUGGAUCCCGUACAGAGAGGUUUAUUCAGGGAUGUGACAUUGGAGAAUUAUACACAUCUGGUCUCUAUAGGACUCCAAGUUUCCAAACCUGAUGUGAUUUCCCAGUUAGAGCAAGGGACAGAGCCAUGGAUUGUGGAGCCCAGCAUCCCAGCAGGGACCCCUGGAGACUGGGUGACAAGACCAGAAAAUAGCAUAACAGCCUCAGAGCUGGACAUUUCUGGAGAAGAGCCAUCUCCAGGGGCAGUAGCAGAAAAACACAAAAGGGAUGAUCUUUGGAGCACCAACUUCUUAGAAACUUGUGAAUCCAAAGGCAGUCCAGAGAGGCAGCAGGCAAAUGAACAGACACUGCCAAGGGAAAUAAAAAUAACUGAAAAGACCAUACCAACUUCGGAGCGAGCACAUGUAAAUAAUGACUUUGAAAAAAGGAUCAAUGUGAGUUUAGACCUUUUAACACACAAAAAAAUAUCUCCAAAACAGACCUCUACUAAACCAAGUGUCAAACAGAAUUUAAACGCAGUUAAAAAAGAGAAGUCUUGUAAGUGCAAUGAAUGUGGGAAAGCUUUUACUUAUUGUUCAGCUCUUAUUCGCCAUCAGAGAACGCAUACUGGAGAAAAACCCUACAAAUGUAAUGAAUGUGAAAAAGCCUUCAGCCGGAGCGAAAACCUUAUAAACCAUCAAAGAAUUCAUACUGGAGAUAAACCAUACAAAUGUGAUCAGUGUGGGAAGGGCUUCAUUGAGGGUCCAUCUCUUACUCAACAUCAAAGAAUUCACACUGGAGAAAAACCCUAUAAGUGUGAUGAAUGUGGGAAAGCUUUUAGUCAGAGAACCCACCUUGUUCAGCAUCAGAGAAUACACACUGGUGAGAAACCAUAUACUUGUAAUGAGUGUGGAAAAGCCUUUAGCCAGAGAGGCCACUUCAUGGAACAUCAGAAAAUCCAUACAGGAGAAAAACCUUUUAAAUGUGACGAAUGUGAUAAAACAUUUACCAGGAGCACACACCUUACUCAACAUCAAAAAAUCCAUACUGGAGAGAAAACCUAUAAAUGUAAUGAAUGUGGGAAGGCAUUCAAUGGACCCUCAACAUUUAUUCGCCAUCAUAUGAUUCAUACUGGGGAAAAACCAUAUGAGUGCAAUGAAUGUGGUAAAGCCUUCAGUCAGCACUCAAACCUCACUCAGCAUCAGAAGACACAUACUGGGGAGAAACCUUAUGAUUGUGCUGAAUGUGGGAAAUCCUUUAGUUACUGGUCAUCCCUUGCUCAACAUCUCAAAAUUCAUACUGGAGAAAAACCUUACAAAUGCAAUGAAUGUGGAAAGGCCUUCAGUUACUGCUCAUCCCUUACUCAACAUCGGAGAAUUCACACCAGAGAAAAGCCUUUUGAAUGCGGUGAAUGUGGAAAGGCUUUCAGUUAUCUCUCAAACCUUAAUCAACAUCAGAAAACUCAUACCCAAGAGAAAGCUUAUGAAUGUAAGGAAUGUGGGAAGGCCUUUAUUCGAAGUUCAUCUCUUGCUAAACAUGAAAGGAUUCAUACUGGUGAGAAACCCUAUCAGUGUCAUGAAUGUGGGAAAACCUUCAGUUACGGCUCAUCCCUUAUUCAGCAUAGGAAAAUACAUACUGGAGAAAGACCUUACAAGUGUAAUGAAUGUGGGCGAGCCUUCAACCAGAACAUACACCUUACACAGCAUAAGAGAAUUCACACAGGAGCAAAGCCUUAUGAGUGUGCUGAAUGUGGCAAAGCCUUUCGACAUUGUUCAUCUCUUGCUCAACAUCAAAAAACACACACAGAAGAAAAACCCUACCAUUGUAAUAAGUGUGAAAAGGCCUUUAGCCAGAGCUCCCAUCUGGCUCAGCAUCAGCGAAUUCACACUGGAGAGAAGCCCUAUAAGUGCAAUGAAUGUGACAAAACCUUUAGCCGGAGCACUCAUCUGACUGAACAUCAGAAUACUCAUACUGGAGAGAAACCUUACAAUUGUAAUGAAUGCAGGAAGACUUUCAGCCAGAGCACUUACCUCAUUCAGCAUCAGAGGACUCAUUCAGCAGAGAAGCCUUUUGGAUGCAAUGAUUGUGGAAAAGCCUUCAGAUACCGUUCUGCUCUCAACAAACAUCAGAGACUGCACCCUGGCAUAUGACUCUUCUAGGAUCACCCUAAACAUAGGGGAUGCAUUUAUUCGGGGAUGCAUUUACUCUGGUUUGUCCUUUUGUUCAACACAGAAGAAUCAGGGUGGAUUGAGAAACUGCCGAAAAUACUUUUACUUUUCGCUGUUGUGCUGUGGAAUUGAAAGUGCAUUGGGCUGAAAUAAUCCGAUUAUGUUGUUAAGCAAUUUUGUGACAUUGGCAAAUUCAGCCAUUUUAAGCUUCAGUUUCCUCUGUGAACUGAGGGAUUUGGAAUAGGUCAUUUCGGAGGUCAUUUAGAGUUUUAUAUUCAGUUUUGUAUGUUCACAAUAUAUUCUUGAAUAGGAUUAUUACCCAUCAGCAUUUUGCUGUGUUGCAUCUAGAGUAUAUGUAUUUAUGCAUGUUUUGCUAAUAGAAAGCAUUUAUGUUUCAGCAAGUAGACUGGAGGUCUGUUAUGCUCCUGUUCUGACACAUUCAAGUUCUUUAAGUACCUGGUUCCUAAUAAAAAGAAUUGUAAAAUACCCUCAAAUUAACAAUUCAGGAGCAUAUAAUGGCUCAUUAAGUCAGUACAGGUAUUAAAUCUUCCUAUUAUUUUCUGUUCUGGUAUGUUUUAACAUUCUAGAAGUUUAUCACAACUAUAUAGACCCUCUACUACAGCUUACACCUGUGCUGUUUAACCCUAGUUACAUAGUGAAAUCACUUAAGUAACUUUAUAAAAUUCUGUUGCCAAGACUCUACCCCCAGUGACUGACUGGCCUAGGAAGUAGGGUCCAGGCUUCAGUAUCUUUUUUAAACUCCUAAUAUGUACCCUGGUAAAAACAACUGGAUUAGACUUCAGUACUCACUCCCUUAGUACCUCCUUGUAGCUACUCCUAGAAGCUCACAGGUAGCUAUUGCAUACACAUAAUGUAACUUUGACUGUUAGUUUGUUUUGUAAAUUGAAUUCUCAAACUUAGAGAGGUAAGGUCAAUUUGUUUCCUUACCAAAGUGCAGAAAUUAAAUGGCUGUAUAAAAU